AUGCUCUCCACCCAAGGCCACUGGCUCCCAACCCUAGACGCCCAAAUCCAGUACGCCCAAUCCAACCAGCACCUCAUCCCGCGUCCUCCUCCCUCAACAACAACAUCGCAGAAUAACCGCACUAAUCAAAACGUCGAAUGCUCAUUACACGGCCAUCUCCGCGACACGGCCCUUCAGAAACUGUUUGAGCGGCUCGUGGCUGUUACGGGCGAUAUUGCGUUCGAGGGACGGGAGAACUUUUGGGAGCAUGAGAUUGGGUGGAGGCCGGCAGUUGAGACGCCGUUUGGCGCUGGACGCAACGAUGACGUCCCCGUAUUCCUACGGUCGGAGAUCCUCGGGCCGCAGAAGGAGUUUCUGACGUUACAUAAACGCCAAUGGGUCCUCUGUUUCCGCGGCGCCCCCGAACCACCCAAACCCGGCGACGGCAAACGGGCGACGCAGCGGGUCAUCUACGAGUCGCGGCUGAAGGGCGAUGCCCUCAAGUACAUGGAGAUGGUGGGCUACACGUUCAACUUUGAGUUCACGCGCCGGGGAUAUGUAUUCUGGUAUAGGAGUAUACGGAUCCUUAUCUACCGGGUGUACAAGCUUGAGACCCGCAACAAAGUAACCUCGGCAGUCCCUAUUGACGACACAAACGACGGGUGGACGGUCGAAGCCAUUGCGCCGCUGACGACUGCCGAACGGGUGCCGGAAAAGGUGCAUGAGUUGCAUGCGUUUGCGGGGUUGAUUGCGGGGUAA